AACAGAUUUUAACUGAUCGAGAUGAGCCACAUCUUAAAUGGCUAAUGGUAGACAGAAAUUAAAUGAUCGUUAGACAUACUUACUCUUAAAGUCGUAGUAGUCUGGUCAUCAUGGCGGCUUCUAACCUGUAAUAUUUCUUCUCAUGUUGCGAUAAAAAAUCUACACCAUGAAGAUUGAUAGAAGCAAGCUGAAAAAGAGCAGUUCUGAAGUGCCUGCAGAUUGUAAAGCCUUGAUCGAAAGGUUGAAAUCAUGUAGUGAAGAUGAACUUCUUGUUGAACUGAAGAAAAUUGAAACAUGGACCUAUGGAAAAUGUGAACUUUACCAUUGGGUUGAUGUAUUAGAUCUCUGUGAUUCCAUUUUGGAACGUGCUUGUCACAAAGAACAUGAAAACAGUUGGGUUCUCACCUGUGACUUACCACAAAAUAAACAGUUGAAGGAACUUUUGCUAUGGACCUUGCAUUUCACCACAUUGCUCAUAGAGCAUUCAUUUUCUCGUCAUCUCUACAACUCCAUGGAGCACUUGACCUCCAUGUUAUCAUCAAAUUGUUUAAACGUUGUUCUCGGGGUUUUGAAUUUACUGUACAUGUUUUCAAAACGGAGCAACUUUAUCAGUAGACUAGCGUCCGAACGGAGGGUCAGCCUUCUCUCCAGACUCACAUACCUUGCAGAAAGCUGGGGUGGGAAAGAAAAUGGAUUUGGCCUGGCAGAAUGUUGUAAAGAUUUGCCGCUUUCGUCUUAUCCGUCGAGUGCCACUACACUGCACUUCGAAUUCUACGCAGAGUCAAUGGGGGAUGGAUCUGGUCGACAAAGCGGCAGUGGGAAAUCGAGUGGCAGUUUUGUAACCGUAAUUCACGUAGAACAUGUGGAAUGGCUGAAUAAGAGUCCAGCCCAAUUGAUGGAAGAACUGAUUGAAUUACAUCAUGUGCCACUAGACAAGCAAAUGCAACUUUUCACUCACAUUCGUUUGGCACAUGCCUUUUCGGAUUAUCGUCGCCGCCUUCAGUGUGUGCAAGCGAGACUGCAGGCCCUCUCCGUCUUGAUAUAUUGCAAUGCGCUGGCGGACGCAGCACCAUCUUUGCUUUAUGCUGGCCUGCUAGAAGAGCUUGUCGACGUGUUAGAAUUGACUGAACCACAGUUAAUGGAGAUUCGCGCUGCGGCUUUAAGAACAUUAACGGCUAUUAUUCAUCUGGAUCGUAACCCCAACUUUCCAAAAUUAAACACUAUUAUAGACGUCACCGGUGCAGCCUUGUACCAUGGAUUUCUACCUGUCCUUGUCCGAAGCUGCAUUGCUUCAUUGACUGGCCAGCACACGGAGCAGGACGUAGUUCCAUUUCCGCUACCACUCGCAACAGCCCUCUUCUCGUUCUUGUAUCACUUGGCUAGUUACGAAGCUGGCGGAGAAGCUCUAGUUGCCUGCGGCAUGAUGGAGUCACUAUUGCGUGUCGUUUCGUGGCCCGGAUCGGAGCUUGAACAUAUUACCUUCGUCACCCGUGCCGUCCGGGUUAUCGACCUAAUUACCAAUUUAGAUAUGCACGCUUUCCAGGCACAUGGAGGACUCCAGAUUUUCAUAAACCGUUUGGAAUCCGAAGUUGAUGCAUGCCGCAAGGAGCAGCCGUAUGAAAUUCGCCCACCUGUUAGCGCAGCUGCUGCCAGCAAUGCAGGUGUGAACAUCCCCGGCGAUGAAGCCACCAACGAGUCUGAAUCAGAAAUGGAAGUUGAUAUCGGAGCAACUUCCAUCUCUUCAUCGGCAGGGCAACCGUUGACUGAGCCUAUCCCCGGCGUGACAUGCCUUCCACAGCGGGCCGCUCUACUAAAGUCGAUGUUGAACUUCUUAAAAAAAGCCAUCCAGGAUGCGUCUUUUUCGGAUUCCAUCCGACAUGUCAUGGAUGGAUCGCUGCCUGCUGCCCUAAAACAUAUAAUAUCGAACGCAGAAUACUACGGACCGUCUCUCUUCUUAUUGGGGACAGACGUUGUGACUGUCUACGUCUUCCAAGAGCCAUCGCUACUUUCUUCUUUGCAGGACUCGGGCUUAACAGAUGUAGUGCUUCAUGCUUUGCUCGUUAAGGAUGUUCCUGCUACCAGAGAGGUACUGGGGUCUCUGCCUAAUGUUUUUAGUGCUCUGUGCUUGAAUACUAGAGGUUUGGCCUCCUUCGUCGCGUGCAAACCUUUCCAGCGGUUAUUUAAGGUUCUUCUUUCUCCUGACUACUUGCCGGCAAUGCGUCGCCGUCGAAGCUCCGACCCCAUGGGUGACACAGCAACCAACUUGGGAAAUGCAAUGGAUGAGCUAAUGCGACAUCAACCAAGCUUACGAACAGAUGCCACAGCGGGCAUCAUUCAAUUGUUAGAAGAACUUUGCGCCCUUGGCCACGAUCCCAAUUACAUUGCGUCUAGCCGCACUCAAAAAUUUGAGGCUGCUCAAAGUACGUCUGCGCGCACUGGCCCAGUAGAAGCCACUGGAGGUGGAAGCAGCGAUGAAGAAGAAGACGAGGAAGAAGAAGCUACAUCAUCAUCGAACCCAGCCCCACCAAGGGGAAUCGAAACCGAAACUGGCACAGUAGUGCAAUCGGAAAAAACUCCAGUCCCCUUGGUUGAUUAUGUUCUUAAUGUGAUGAAGUUUGUUGACGCAAUAUUGAGCAACAACUCAACUGAUGAUCAUUGUCGCGAAUUCGUAUCGCAGCGAGGUCUCAUUCCGCUCAUGGGUAUUUUGGGACUGCCGAAUCUUCCCGUUGACUUUCCCGUCACACCUGCUUGCCAAGCGGUUGCUGCUGUUUGCAAAUCAAUCUUGAAUCUGGCACACGAACCACUUGUUUUGAAACAAGGUUUAGAUCAUCUUCAAACCGUUCUGAACACCCUUCAGCAACUGCAUAAACCGCUAGAUCCACCAGGAGGUUCUGUGCUUUUAAGAGAACUGGCAUCUUCGUCGAAUCCAACGGAAGCAAUAACUUCACCGAAUACGACACCGUUAUUGCAUGCCAUGGCUGCCGCCCAUGCCUACAUUAUGAUGUUUGUCCAUGUGUGCCGAACGGGGCAAAGUGACAUCCGCACUCUUUCUAUCAAUCAUUGGGGCUCUCCUAUAGGACUUCCUGUCUUAAAAGGGUUGUCGAAGUUGUAUACUUCUCUUGUCUGGGAGAGUACAGUGCUUCUCGCUCUAUGCUCAGACGAAACCCUCCCCUUGGGUUGCCAGUUUGGUCGUGCAGAUUUGGAAAAAUUGCUACCACCCGAACUUAAAGCCGUUUCUGAAGGUCCCUCUUGCAGCGGAGUGACUGGUAUGGAAUUAGGCACCAACAGCGUUGCAGCAGCAUUACAGGCUUUGAGCACGGAAGCCAGCCCGCCUGCAGCUAUGGAAGUCGAUCACGACCAAUUGGAUGCCAAAGACCGGCCCCGUUCAGAGAAAUUGACACCAGCUCAGCAAUACAGAAUGAAAAUGGUUAAACCACUACUUAGCACAGCAUCAAGGCUGGGUCGCGCUUUAGCUGAAUUGUUUGGUUUGUUGGUCAAACUCUGUGUUGGCUCUCCCAUAAGGCAUAGACGAGCCCAUCAAGCACCACCUACGCCAAUAGUUCCGUCACCAUCUGCACAGGCUGUGGCUGGGGCUUUGACUCAGCUUUUAACGAGUGGAUUAGCGUGGGAGCCCCCUGUAACAUCUCCCACACCAAAGUUUCGCCUCACCUUCCUAAUAUGCUCGGUGGGCUUUACUUCUCCGAUGCUCUUCGACGAGAAAAAAUUGCCGUACCACUUGAUGCUACACAAGUUCGUUAGCUGUGGGGGUCAGGCGGCGUUUUUUGAUGCUUUUUACUGGGCCCUUUCUGCGGGAGGUCGCGUCCCUCUAGAUCAAGGGUUAGAAUAUGCAGAUCUUCCAGAAGGCACUGGAGAAUUUCUAGACGCUUGGCUGAUGCUACUAGAGAAAAUGGUGAAUCCAAAGAAUAUCCUCGAUUCUCCCCAUCAGUUACCCAAUAAGGCGUUGCAUGGCUCCAAGCAGCCCUUCUCCCCGUUGAAGUACCUGAUUAGUACACAUCGUCAAGCCUUCGAUGCUGUUAUGAAACUCUGGGGCAAACGACCAUUGAAAGUUUAUGGCGCUCGUAUGACAGAGUCAGUUCUUACUAUUCUAUGUCAUAUCCUUAAAGGUGAAGUCAUCAUCCAAGAAAAAUUGACUCAGGAAAAGGCUGAAGAACCUGCUGCUCCUUCCGGAGUAGCAACUUCAGCUUCUUCUGGCGAUAAUGUAACAACAACGUCGCCCGCAGUAGGCACAUCAAAUCCAGCCAUAGCGGCUCUAGGCGAAGCUGCUACUGGCUCAUCAAUGGGUGCACGACGUCCCACCGUAGACCGUCCAGGAGCGGAAUCGGAUGCUGAUUUAGUAAAUCCACAGCAUCUUCAGGCUUUGAUGGACAUGGGUUUUCCUCGGGAUCAGUGCGUGGAAGCACUGCUUUUUACCACUUCAUUGGAACAAGCGACUGAUUAUUUGUUGUCGACGCCACCAUCAUUACUUCGUGCGGCUCAAGGGGCUGUUGCUGCGGCGGCAGCUGAAGCUGUAUCCACUGCCAUGGAUACAGAUGGCAACGAUGAAGACGCGGUGAUGCGCGCCAUCGCACUUUCCCUAACUGCCGACUCCGACCGUACCGACGAGACAGUGGCAGUUGAAAAAGAGCAUCAUGAGCAUAUGCUUUACAGUGAACCUCUUAGUAAACAGGUGUUAGAUCAGUUUGUACAACAGGCUUUGGACGGAUGUUUGUCGCUACUGGACUCGCUACCAGAGACUGUCUAUCGUGUCUGUAGUCUUGUCGUUGCUAUGGUCCAACGUAAUGGAGAGGCCUAUCGCGAUAGCAUGUUGGCCUCGCUCGCCAAAGAAAUCGGCAACUGUGUCACGUCAUUGCAGGAUCAUUUGGAUGGUGUGGACAACUUGGUUUCUAAAGCUGACGCUGUCAUUGAAAGUAGCGAUGCGAUGAAGGCGUCUGUACGUAUUCAUCUCUUCACAUUGUUGUGCGAAGAGAUGAAAAUGGCUUGUGCUCGUCAACUUGAAGAAAAAGAUUUGGUGUUAAAACUGAUUCGUCUACUCAGUUCCGGUCAACAAGUUCUAGCCGUCAAAGCUAAGGUCAACGAAGGGAUUGAUUGCAAGUCGGUCGAUGGCAUCGGCAUAACGCCUAAGUGGAUUGCCCCCUUGCUCCUCUGUCUCGACCUAUACGAGAAGAUGUCCUUAGGAACGAGGCGCCGUGCCAGCAUGGAAAAAGUCACUUCCCACGUAUGGAAGUGGUUUGAUAUUGUUUCAGGCAAAUGGUGUCCAUACACGGCCGCAAACAACAAAAUAAUUGACGAUGCCUUUUGGGCUGGACAAAAUUCUGUGCGCGUAACAGCAGGCAGAAGGCGAUACCUGCUACAGUUUUCUUCGAUGAUUCAAGUCAAUGAGGAAACGGGCAAUAGAAGACCGAUGAUGUUGUCUCUUAAAGAAAAACCAAAAGAGGCUGCUCAAGAUGAAUCCAGUAGCGUAGACGAAAAUGCAGCCAUGGAUGUGGACGAAAACGAGAAGGAGUCGCCCAAAGGAAGUCCACUCAGUGGGCUAAAUCUUGAUCAAGGCAGCGAGUUGAUUAAGUCUUGCGUCGGAUUGCUGUGUAUUCCUGCAGACCCCGAUACUCUUCAUGCUGCUAUGCGACUCUGCCUGCGCCUAACACGACACUACCAGCAUGCGGAAAAAUUCGCCAGCCUUGGCGGAGUGAAGCAACUGCUAAAUCUCAGUCAAUCAUCAACUUUUUCCGGAUUUUUAACCUUAGCUACUUUGUUGCUUCGUCACUUGGUGGAGGAGCCUGAAACACUUCACCACACGAUGGAGAAGGUCAUACGAGCUUAUACGGGUCCAAACGCGGCUCCCAGUACCAAAGAAUUCCACUUCUUGAUGAGAGUACUUGCCCCGGCAGCUUGCCGAGACGUGCAACUUUUUUCGGAAGUAUGCAAGACGUUCUUACGCGCAGAUUUAAGCCUUACAAACAAGCGAGGUGAUGAAGAAGACAACCGCCUUUUGAUGAAGGCGCUACCACCGCGUCCCGGUUGUAGCUUGCCGCAGCUUAGCGGAGUGGCCAGAGAAAUCGUUUGUGAUUUGUUAGAUGCUUUGACAAUUCCUGUACCACCAGAAGAGACGGCAACGCCACUUCCGACAAGCGAAGGAGACGGAGCGACACCUGUAACUGUUCCACCAGCAAGGCGUUUCGCUGGCCGUAAUGUCCGCCAGCAGGAGCUGAUACGUAAUUCCAGCUCAAGUGAUUUAUUGAAUCACGAGGCAGAGGAAACUGUAGAUGAUGCCAGUCGGCGUGAUUCGCUUGCACGUAAAAAAGAAUCAACAUCGUCCGAAGAAAUGGAUCGCAGACGGCGCCCGUUGCUUCCAAAGAGCGCCAUUUGUCGGCUUUUGGCCGAAUUGGUCCGUUCUUAUGCCGGAUGCGCGCGUUUGGUGGCAGAACAUAUUUUUCCAGCUAAAACCAGUGAAUUGGUCAGCGAGGAAACUUCAGCGUUAGCUUUUUUGCUCGACAACCUAUUGCCUUCGUGCCAGACAGCUGGAGACAAAGAUAGUCCUGCGCUUGUCCGCACUUUGGUCGCAUCGCUUGCAUCGUGCAACCAUGCGCCGGAAGCCCAAAGUUGCCUCGUAGCAGAAGUAAAGGGUGCUCUAAAUCGAGCACUUACAAUGCCAGAAUCAAACGAUAAACACAAUCGACUGCAAUCGCUUACCGCCCUUCUGUCUACAAUGAUAGAAAGUUGUCCAGCAACUGGUCUUCAACCCCAGCAACCUCUGACAACUGCUUUCAAACAACAGAACCUGGGUAUGAACAACAUGGUGAAAUUCAUGCUGAAGCGUGGAUUGGUAAACGAUCUUGCCAGAAUUCCACAUUGUUUGGACAUGUCUUCUCCGUUGAUGGCGUUCACAGUCAAUGCAGCACUUAAGCCACUGGAAGCCUUAUCACGCAUCGUUAAUUUACCACCAGCUGCACCUGUUGCUGGACGUCCAGUAACAAAGCCCAAAUCUGGCGAUGAAGGUGAACCACAAGAGUCAUCAGCUCAACUUCAGGGCACCAGCACAUCAGAUAACACUAGGGCACAGGCGGUUGAAAUCAGUAACGCUCUUGAUGCGGAAAAUACGGAACAGGACGUCUCUGCGGCCGGCGAAAGUCUAGAAAAUUUGGCGGAUAACGAAGGUGGUGGUGAAAGUGGUGACAAUAAUUUAGAAGACAUAAUGGACCAGCAUUCCCAAGCGCUGGUCGAAGCAUUAAUUGUCGCAGCAGAAAAUCCGUCGCAGAUGGAGACCGAUGAUUCGGCUCACGAUUCGCAAAUGAGGACACAUAAUGAAAGCGAAUUCAUUGGUGCAGACGACGCUCAUUAUCAUGGCAACGAUCCACGUGACUCGAGCGAUUCCGAUUCACAAUCCGAAUCUGGUCAUUCUGAAGAUGAUGAUGAUGAGGCGGAUGACGAUGACGACGAUGAUGACGGUGGCGAAGAGGAAACAGAAGAAGAAGGUGAGGGUGAAGACGAUGUCGAAGAAGAAGAGGAAGAAACGGAAGCGGAAGAAGGAGAAGAGGAAAACGCUUCCGGUUACGGCGAAGACAGUGACCGUUACCCGGAAAUGUUGCGAGAUUUCUUGACUCGUGGGGCGGCUGGAGCUGGAGCCGAUGUGGAAGAUACCCUCGUUUUCACAUACCCCGAUGCAGAAAACAGCGCGGCUGGUUUGGGAUUUGGUGCAGGGCUAGGCCUUGGGCGUCUAGGUGCUGGCAUGCCUCUAUUUCUGGAUGACACGUUUCGUAGCCACAUGUUCCCUUACCCGUUGCUGGACGAGGCUAACGGGAAUGAGGCAGCUGUUGGUUCUGGAACAGCCUCCAUGUCUCGACUCAAUGCUCUUGCGCACCCAUUGUUGGUUGGACGGCAAUCUACAGUGCCUGAAGGGUCCGCCGCUGCCGCUUCGAGUCGUAAUCGUGGUGGGCGGCAACGCGGUUAUCGUUAUCUGCAAACAAACUCCCGCGUACCUAAUCCGCCGGCCAUUCUUCAACGAUUGCUUGGACCUUCGGCAACUCAUGAUGUUCUGCAAUUGACUGGAGGACAGACUCUCGGAUUUGGUCGCGAAUCACGUGUCUUCUUGGUAGACAAUGGUCUAGGAAUUUUGGCUAACCCUGAAGACGAGGCUUUACUUGAUAUUCAGGAUCAAAUGGGAGGAGUACUUGUUGCUCCAGGAAUUCCGUCAGGCCUUGUACAGACACCAUCCGCAUUGAAUCGUUGGAUGGAAGAGGCCAUCAUCCUUGACGCAGAUUCAAUUCAUGAUUGUAUCACUGCUCUGAAGCCCGAAAUUCUUGCCAUUGUAGAGAAACAACGUGAUGAAGAGUUGUCCGAGAGGAGGGAACGCAGGAAAAAACAGCAAGAAGAAGAAACGAGUCGUAGACGAAAGGAAGAAGAAAAUGAUCAGAAAGAACGGGAGAAAAAUAAGGAUGUCACUCCAUCUCCUGCUAUACCGUCGUCUGUGGCGUCAUCGAUCGUCCCACCACCUGUAACGAUGGAAGUUGCUCAACUCGAAACAACUGCAAGUGUAUCGGAAACGCCCUCUUUCGGGUCAUUCUUCCACGGAUUUAAUAUGCCGUCGGUUAGCAACAAUACAGCCAUAACGUCGACGCCUCUUGUGCGUUCAAAUGAUCAUGCUGAAACUCUAGCUACAUCCAUUGUUGAGGCUGUACUUGGCCCAGCUUUAGAAACGGUUUCUGGGCAAUCCCGAUCGCAACCAACAGACAAUCGUGAUCAUUUAGAAUCUACUCCGACAUCCGUUUCGUCACUACGUGUGCAGUCGCAGACGACUGCAGUCACACCUGUCGAGUCUACUGUUCAGCCCACUGUACCUGUCAUAGUGGAGACGCCUGCCAACAGUGGUAGUUUCAGCACGGCUCAUAACUUGAUGUCAACGAUUCAAAGAAUGCAAUCGGAAACGACGCCAAACAUUGACCGAAGCAGUGAUCAUUCAACUACACCUUUUAAUCCUAUACCCAACGCAACCCCCGGAGCACCUCGAGUUAGCGUUGAAUCGCAGGAAGAACUGCACCCGUUUUCAACCGAUCAAGUGCAGUUCAUCAGACGUCCCCUCUCGUUUCAAGGAGAGAUCACACCGAUGCGCCCAACCGAUGAAAGUUUUAACAUGGGUCUUACAGCGGAAGAACUCCGUGCCCAAAGUGAUCUUGAAGUUCGUCAAGGCACCAAUAUGGAAUUGGGUGCCAGUUCGGGCAUGGCAAGAGCAGAUGUAUCAGGUGCUUCUGCACUACCACCGGUAGUAGCUGGUGGAUCUGAUCAGCAGUCGGGCGAAUACCAAUCAUUGCUAGGAAACAUUGAAAUACCAGAAGGCGUUGAUCCUUCAUUUUUGGCAGCUCUGCCUGAAGAUAUGAGGCAAGAAGUUAUUGCUGAACAACUUCGUUUGCAACGACUUCGCCAACGUGCACGAGCGCAGGCCACUGACACUACUAACCAGCAAGCUGUUUUAGAAGUUAGCGCCGAAUUCUUAGCAGCUCUGCCACCAAACAUUCAGGAGGAAGUACUGGCUCAGCAACGUCUUGAACAGCAACGGACUGUUGUUCCUGCGAAUCCAAACGAGCCUGUUGAUCCAGCAGAUUUUCUUUCCACGUUGCCACCAGCUCUACGGCAGUCCAUCCUUGCUGAUAUGGAAGAUUCUCAGAUGGCUGUUCUGCCCCCUGAAUUAGCUGCCGAAGCCCAAAAUCUGCGGCGUGAGUGGGAGGCACGCAACAGGCAGCUAAUGACAGAUCGAUUCUUUACCCAUGUCGGCAAUUCAGGUGCCAAUGCGCUCUCGUCCAUCAUUCGCAACAGCAUGGGUCGGUUGGGUAGCCGGUAUGGAGUACACCCAGUACACAAUCGUGGUCACUGGGGUGGUUGGGGCAGGCCGGUUGCUGGAGCAAGUGGUUCAUCUGCUGUAGCAGCCCAGGCCGCAGCAAAUGGCGUUCGUCUACGUGGUCGUCACCUACUCGAUCAUGAAGCCCUGUCAUGCCUGCUCGUCCUACUGUUCAUCGAUGAACCAAAAUUGAACACAACGCGACUCCAUCGCGUGCUCCGCAACCUCUGCUAUCAUGGUCCAACUCGCGAUUGGGUAGUCAAGUCGCUGUUGUCCAUUUUGGAACGGAGCAACGAAGCUCGCGCAAAUGCCGCCGAACUGUUUCCGAUUACCUCUACUCCUUCUACCAAAGGAAAGCGGAUCACUUCACGAGCCUUGACAGCAACACCCCCUUCUGACGUCAAGCAUGCCACUGGAGUGCCGUCUUGGCUGAAUAUAAGCCUGGAUGCAGCUCUCGGUUGUCGAGCCAACGUGUUCCACAUAUUAAAGCCUUCGUCUGCAAGUGGAGUGAAAAAACAAGGGAUGUCGAGCUCCAUCACGAUACACAGUCAAGCAGCACCCAUCAUUUGUCGCCACACAUUAGAUGUUUUAAUAUCACUUGCUAAAAGUUUCCCAUCUCACUUUCUUCCACGACCACCAUUGCCUGGAUGUGAGGACAAGAAAGAUAAAGAUGUUGACACUAAGAAGGGCACACCAAUUGCUGCCUCUUCGACCAAAAAGCAAGAAUUGGGUACGGAUUUCUGGGAUCUGUUAGCACGGCUAGAUUCGCAAAGCGCAUCCCGUAAAGGCAAAGGCCUAGCGCGGACACAUAGUGGUGCUACCACUCACGGCGUGGCGUCCGCUACCGUUGGAGCUGAAGAAGAAAUCCGUCACUUGAGCCUUGAAUCAUCACCGUUCGGUCAACUUCUUGCCCUUCUUUCGUCUAGUGUAGUCAGAAGAAGCUCACUAUUGACGGACCGCUUGUUACGUCUCCUCUCACUCAUUUCCCUUGGUUUACCAGAUAGCAAUACGAGCGCGCCUGCUCAACAACAACAGCAGCUUCAUCAACAACAACAGCAACAACGGCGCCAUUCUGAAGGAGUGCGCAUGCGUGACUGGGAAAGGCGUGAGUUGCACAGCUCUUUGGCUGUCCAGUUACAGCAACAGCGUGAUACGGCACUCGAUUUGUCUCUACCUGGCAUCGAAGCAUCACCACAGGACUUGCAACUCCUUGAACAACAUCUGAAGUUGGCCGUAGAUGUGCUCACAUCAAAGAGUUGUUCUGAGGAAGGCUUGGAAGAUGCGACAUCUCUACUGCUAAGUCUUUCAUAUGGCCCGCCUCCUACAAGGGAUACAAUUCUCAAGCUUUUACUGGAUGGAGCUCGGGAGCUCGGGAAUAUUGUUUGCUCCCAUAUCAGAGCACUUUUAAAUGAACUUCACACACUAAGGCGUCGGCCUGAAGCCUCUACGUCAGCUGCCUCUGCACAACCUGUACAAUCAGGUACCUCAUCUGAGGAAGUAGAAGCUGAUGGUGUUGAUAGGUCAAAGGGUUUCUUAAUGGAUCGAUUCACUAAGGACAUGGUUGUCGUUGCUGCUCAGACAAAACCCAAAACAGGCGGCUACGAACUUCAGCUGCCGUCGAUGGGUUCGUUGACGAGCAAAACGUCAAGCCAAGCCUUCUUUUUGCGAAUUCUUAAAGUCAUCCUGCAGCUAAGAGACGCUGCUCGAUUGGCAGCAGUGAAAGCUAAACGGAAACAAGUUGAAGCUACAACUCAAGCACCAACUACAGCGGCAAGCAGUUCUACAUCUGCCGUUGGAACUGAACCUACAAUUCCAAGUGAAACUUUAAUAUCGGAGGCGUCUGGCGUUGCGGCUUCAGUGGGUGCAUCGACAGGAUCAGAGGCUUCGGCAGAAGUAACAAACGAAAUACCAGCAACUCCGAUGGAGGUUGACGAAGUGAAUAGUAGCAGAGAUAUCGAUUUACCUAGACUCAGCCAACAGCUGUUGCUGGACAGUCUUUGGAACACGUUGAGUGAAUGUCUACAGGAAUUGGCUGAUACACCGGAUCAUCACGCUGUUUUGGUUCUACAACCGGCAGUGGAAGCAUUCUUUCUUGUGCAUGCAGCACAGACCAGCAAAGAAGAACGUGAAAAACGAAGUCGUCGUCCAGAAACCAGGGAGUCUCAACUGUCGCACUUACAGCAAGAAAUUGGCGGACCAGGAUCUCCUUCGAUGGCAGUUCAAACGAGCAAUGAUGAUAGCCUUAACCAGCUAACUUUGUCCAUGUCAAGCGCUCCUUCCGACCUCCCUCCGGAUACGCAAAAGUUUCUUUCUUUCGCUGAGCGCCAUCGAACCGUUCUUAAUCAGAUUUUGCGUCAAUCGACUACUCAUUUGGCCGAUGGUCCAUUUGCCGUUCUCGUGGAUCAUACUCGAGUUUUAGACUUCGACGUGAAGCGACGCUACUUCAGGACUGAACUUGAACGUGCUGACGCUGGCAUUCGCCGAGAAGAUCUUGCAGUCCACGUAAAGCGUGAACACGUUUUUGAAGAUUCGUUCCGCGAAUUGCAUCGGCGAUCCCCAGAGGAAUGGAAAAAUCGUUUCUAUAUUGUCUUUGAGGGUGAAGAGGGCCAAGAUGCCGGAGGUCUAUUACGAGAGUGGUAUGUGAUCAUAUCACGUGAAAUAUUUAACCCCAUGUACGCACUCUUCUCCACUUCACCUGGCGAUCGAGUUACUUACAUGAUCAAUGCUCUUUCGCACUGCAAUUCAAAUCACCUUUGUUACUUCAAGUUUGUUGGCCGCGUCAUCGCCAAAGCCAUUUACGACAACAAAUUGCUCGAGUGUUACUUCACCCGCUCUUUUUACAAACACAUUCUUGGCAAAUGCGUUCGUUAUACCGAUAUGGAAAGUGAAGACUAUUCUUUCUAUCAGGGUCUCGCCUUCCUAAUAGAGCACGAAGUGACAGAGCUUGGCUACGAUUUGACAUUUUCUACUGAGGUUCAAGAAUUCGGCGUGACUGAGGCACGGGAUCUGAAACCCAAUGGACGAAACAUCAUCGUGACGGAAGAAAACAAAAUGGAGUACAUUCGUCUGGUUUGUCAGAUGAAAAUGACCGGAGCCAUUCGAAAACAACUUAACGCAUUUCUCGAAGGCUUUUACGACAUUAUUCCGAAGCGUUUAAUCAGUAUCUUUAACGAACAAGAAUUGGAGCUCCUACUCUCCGGUCUACCCAACAUAGACAUUGAUGACUUAAAAGCCAAUUCCGAGUAUCACAAGUACCAACCGACAUCUCUCCAGAUCCAGUGGUUCUGGAGAGCUCUCAGAUCAUUUGACCAAGCAGAUCGAGCAAAAUUCUUGCAGUUUGUUACUGGUACUUCCAAAGUUCCAUUGCAAGGAUUUUCAGCAUUGGAAGGCAUGAAUGGCGUCCAGAAAUUCCAAAUCCAUCGGGACGAUCGCUCAACUGAUCGGCUACCAUCUGCCCACACAUGUUUCAAUCAACUGGAUUUGCCUGCAUAUGAAACCUACGACAAACUCAGAACGUAUCUACUCAAAGCCAUUCACGAGUGUUCCGAAGGCUUUGGGUUCGCCUGAGAGGAGAUAACGAUACGUGUUACCGUUUGCAAGAAGAAUUGGCUGAAGGAGAAUGAUAUUCAAGAGUUUUGUUUGUUUUUUUCCUUUAUUUUUUCUUCUUCCAAGAACCCUAUCUAUAUUUCCGUACACAUUCUUCGUAUUUACUUCCCGUUGAAACUUGGAUGUACCCGUUUAAUUUUUCUGUCCUAAUAAGUUUUUUGUUCGUUUAACUGAUUUUUCUGUCUCGGAGGAACUUAGAUAACUUGUAUUGAUUGCACUAGUAUGAAAACUUGUUAAUUUCCUCUGCAUUAGGUGAAUUAUGAAAAUUCAAAAGUGAAAAAGAUUGAGCAAAUUAAAUACGGUUGAUUUCUGAAA